AUGGAAUCCAUUUCUAUUCUUUGUUCACCUAAUAUUCUUUCUCUUAGCCCAAAAAAUGGCCAGAGUCAUCCAAAAAGAGCAUUCGCCAGAGUUUUUGCGUCAAGAAAAGAACCUGAUCAUGACCAAAACUAUUCUGGCGGCCGGUUAGUGGACGAAAGCAUGAUUGUUCUUCGGAAGCGACUGCAUGUGAUGAAGAUGAUGGAGAGGAACUACCAGCCACCGCCUGAUUGGAUGGAUUGGGAGAAGCAGUUUUACACGAGCUACGACUCCUCUAUAUGCCACUUGCUGGGUUUCUUGCAAAUCCAGUUGAUGAAUACAAGGCCAGGCUUGGCUUUAGGACUUUUGUCUCUGCUAAUUUUGAGCGUGCCAAGUGCCAACAUCGACCGCUCUGGUUUUGUUUCAUUUGAUGGAGAUUACUAA